UUUUUAACCGGGGCUAAAACCCAUGGAUCCAAACGCACCCAUGGGUGCGAUUGUAUAGAUUGAUACAAUCGCGAAAAAUAUAUGCCUUUUUUGGUUCAACAAUAAAGCUUUGGCGUUGACCUCAAGCAUAACGAUAUCUCCUCUUUCGAUCCUGUCUGUUCUCAAGUAUUUGCUCUCUCUACAAUGGUCGAUGCGCUUGUUUCUGGAGUCUUAGACCGACUGGCCUCGAUCGGCUGUCAAGUAGCUGAAAAUGGGGUGAGACUUGUUGUCGGUGUAGACGAAGAAGUCAGGAAGAUCGGCCGCACUCUUCAGAUCAUCCGAGCUGUCCUUAUAGACGCAGAGAAAAGACAAGUGAAGGAGCAAGCUGUUAAACUUUGGCUCGAUAAGCUUCACAACGUAGCUUAUGAUAUUGAAGACGUGUUGGAUGAGUGGAGCACUGCAAUUCUCAAAUCGAAAACCGAGGAAUAUGAAAGCUCUUCAUCUUCGACGUCCUUGGUAAGGCCGAUUCAAUCCUCAAGCAUUUCUAUUCCACAACUUUUUCGACGUCGUGAUAAUGCUGUUUGGCUUCAACGCACAAGCAUUUCUAUUCCACGACUUGUUCGACGUCGUGAUAUUGCUGUCAAGAUUCAAGAGCUAAAUGAAAGGCUUCAAGCCAUUGCAAAAGAGAAAGAUGAUUAUGCUUUCAUCGUUAGUCUAACUGGGAACAAUGAUCUAGAGUCUGAACGACCAAAAACUACAUGCUUUGUUGAUGUAUCGGAAAUACGUGGUCGAGAUAAAGAUAAAUGCACCCUUACAAGCAUUUUGCUAAGUGAAAACAAUACUGAAGUAAGGGGAAUCCCUGUGAUCUCUAUAGUGGGGAUGGGAGGAAUAGGAAAAACAACUUUAGCCCAAAUGGUUUACAACCAGAGUGAGGUAAAUGCCUAUUUUCAAAAGAAAAUAUGGGUUUGUGUUUCAAAUCCUUUUGAUGAGAUGAGGGUUGCAAAAGCAAUUCUUGAAUCUCUAACGGGUGUUGCCUGGAGUUUAAGUGAGUUGAAUAGUGUGCUAGAGAAAAUCCAUGAAUCUAUUACCAGAAAAAAGUUCCUUCUUGUUCUAGAUGAUGUGUGGACUGAGGAUGAGAGGAAGUGGCAAUCUUUGAAAUGCUGUCUUAACGGUGGUCCCCAAGGAAGCAAAAUCUUGGUGACCACACGUAAGGAGAAUGUUGCUACUAUCAUGGGCUGCACCAAAUUAUUCCAUUUGGGGAAGUUAUCCGAAGAAGAAUGUUGGUCCUUGUUUAGUCACAUAGCACUUUCUCGGAGGAAUGACAGAGAGCGUAAGAUUUUGGCAGACAUUGGUAAGAAGAUAUCAGAUAAGUGUAAGGGUUUGCCACUUGCAGCAAAAACAUUAGGAGGUCUCUUACGUUUCAAAAGAUCUAGAGAACAAUGGCAAAGAAUCUUGGAUAGUCACAUGUGGGAGCUUGAUGAGGCUGAAAAUGGUCUUUUUUCUCCCUUACUAUUGAGCUACUAUGAUUUGCCAUCCUCAUUAAGGCAAUGCUUCUCUUAUUGUGCCAUUUUUCCUAAAGAUCAUAAGAUAGAGAAAGAUUUGUUGAUCAAGUUAUGGAUGGCUCAAGGUUUUCUUGGAGACAUGGAAGGAAAUGAGAUGGAGAUUGUAGGUGAAGAGUAUUUUGAUAACUUGGCAAUGCGUUCUUUCUUUCAAGAGUUUGAAAAAGAUGAAGAUGAUGAUAGCAUAGUUCGAUGCAAAAUGCAUGAUAUAGUGCAUGAAUUUGCUCAGCUUUUGAGAAAAAAUGAAUGUUUUGCGCUAUCAGGCAAUGAUAUUGAAGAGCAAAGGGCUGACUGUAUUCGUGAAAAUGCUCGUCAUUUAACAUUGAUUCUUGAUGAUGACCAUGUCGCAAUUCCAAAUCCCCUUUACAAUAUUAAAAAGCUACGCAGCCUCCUAGUUGAUUCAAGUCAUUGUAACUUAUCAACUUUAAAUGCAGCUUUGCCGAAAUUAUUUGAUCAGUUGACUCGUCUGAGGAUGCUAGACUUGAGCAACAAUAGAUGUCGACUGCAAAGUUCAAUUAAAGAACUUCCAAUGGAAAUAGGAAAAUUGAUACAUUUGAGAUACUUUAGUGUGGAGGGAAAUAAAGGGUUGGAAUAUUUGCCUGAUUCAUUGUGUGACCUGUGUAACUUACAAACUCUAAACAUCAGGUUGUGCUUAGGUCUUAGAAGAUUGCCUUCUGGAAUUGGAGGGCUAGUCAACUUGAGACAUCUUCAAAAUGCAGAAACAUAUGGAUGCAGAUCCAUGGCAAGUGGAUUUGGAAGAUUGACACGUCUGCAGACAUUGGAAGAACUUGUAGUGGGUGAAGCAUUCAGCGGAUUGGGUGUAGCAUUCAACCUUAGAGAUUUGGGAUACUUGGCCCAUCUACGAGGGAAUCUUAAGAUAAUAGGAUUGGGGGAUGUGAUUCAACAGAAAGUGCUAAUGGUACGAAGAUUGGGAAACGAGAGUCUAGGAAAUGAGGCAGAGGAAGCAGGACUUCGAAGUAAGACUGGCCUCCGGAAUUUGACUCUAUCGUUUGAUUCCAAUUCCAAAAAUAGAAGAAUUACUGAUGAAGCAUUUCUUCGUGAAGCAUUUCUUCUUGAAGCCUUACAACCACCUCCGUACCUGGAAUCUUUGACCAUUAAUCGCAUGAAUGGUCCAACCGUGUUCCCCAGUUGGAUGACAUCAUUGACUAUGCUGAAGAGGGUUAUAUUAUGGGCUUGUUUCUUUUGGGAAACCUUGCCUCCCAUGUGGAAGUUGCCUUUCCUGGAACAUCUAGAGAUAUGGGAAAUGAAGAAAGUGAAAAAAGUGGGCCAAGAAUUUAUGGGAGCAGACAGAGAAGAAGGACAAACAUCUUCUUCUUCAUUAUCAUCUGUUAAUAAUAAUAUUGCCUUCCCUAAUUUGAAACAUCUCAAAUUUCAAGUUAUGGAAGAGUGGGAAGAGUGGGAAUAUGGGAACCUACCAACUAUCAUGCCAAGUCUUUGUUCCUUGAAAAUCAAUAGUUGCCUCAAGUUAAAGUUGCUGCCACGCGUUCUUCUCCAGAAGACAACUCUGCAAGUAUUGGAUAUCUUCGAUUGCCCGAUUCUGAGAGAACGUUGUUCAAGAAAUGGGAGAGGGGAGGACUGGCCAUACAUCUCUCACAUCCCAACCAUCACAAUUGAUGGUGAAGACGUGCGAAGAGACGGCUGAACUCUUCUCAGCUUCAGAGCAUUACAUGGAACCUGCGUCGGGAUUUCAAGGUACUCCAUUUCUCUUCUCUUGGUCACUUUAGUGUUUCAUGGUGAUGAAGACUUGGAUAUGUGGAUCACUCAUCACUGCCUAGAAAGAGGAA